GAGAGAGAGGAACUAUUUUUCCGAGCUCUUUGUCUUUGCCACACCGUUCAGGUAAAAGAUGAUGACAGUGUAGAUGGAUUGAAGAAGAACCGUCUCUCAAGGAGAUCUUGUAUAUAUAUUUCAUCAUCACCUGAUGAAGUUGCUUUAGUUGAGGGAAUACAGAGACUUGGUUACACCUAUCUAAGGCUGAAGGACAAUUUUAUGGAGAUCUUAAAUCGGGAAAAUAACAUAGAGAAGUUUGAAUUACUAGAGGUUUUGAGUUUUGAUUCUGUGCGACGGCGAAUGAGUGUGAUUGUUAAAUCUUCAACAGGUGAUAUAUUUCUGUUUUGUAAAGGAGCAGAUUCUUCCAUAUUUCCUAGAGUUAAAGAAGGCAAAAUUGACCAAAUACGAUCCAGAGUUGAACGCAAUGCAGUGGAAGGCCUGCGAACAUUGUGCGUUGCAUAUAAAAAGCUCACAGCAGAAGAAUAUAGCAAAGCGCAGAAGCUGCUUCAGAAUGCAAAGUUGGCCCUCCAGGACAGGGAAAAGAAAUUGGCAGAAGUGUACGAGAAGAUAGAAAGAGAUUUUAUUUUACUUGGUGCUACAGCUGUUGAAGAUCGACUACAAGAAAAGGCUGCUGACACUAUUGAAGCACUCCAGAAAGCUGGAAUUAAAGUUUGGGUUCUCACAGGAGACAAAAUGGAGACUGCUGCGGCUACUUGCUAUGCUUGCAAACUCUUCCGGAGAAAUACACAAAUACUUGAGCUAACCACAAAGAAAAUUGAGGAGCAGAGUUUACACGAUGUGCUUUUUGACCUAAGCAAAACUGUCCUAAGACACAGUGGCAGCUUAACCAGGGAUACUUUCUCAGGACUUUCAACUGAUAUGCAAGAUUAUGGUUUAAUUAUUGAUGGAGCAGCAUUAUCAUUAAUAAUGAAACCAAGACAAGACGGGAGCUCCGGUAACUACAGAGAGCUCUUUCUUGAAAUUUGCAGGAACUGCAGUGCAGUGUUAUGCUGUCGAAUGGCUCCUCUGCAAAAAGCACAGAUUGUAAAAUUGAUAAAGUUAUCAAAGGAGCAUCCUAUCACAUUAGCAAUUGGUGAUGGAGCAAAUGAUGUCAGCAUGAUUCUAGAAGCACAUGUUGGUAUAGGAAUCAUUGGCAAAGAAGGUCGUCAAGCAGCAAGAAACAGUGACUAUGCAAUACCUAAAUUUAAACAUUUGAAAAAAAUGUUGCUUGUUCACGGGCAUUUUUAUUACGUUAGGAUAUCUGAACUUGUGCAAUACUUCUUUUAUAAGAAUGUCUGCUUCAUUUUUCCUCAGUUUUUAUAUCAGUUCUUCUGUGGGUUUUCACAACAGACUUUAUAUGAUACUGCGUAUCUAACACUGUACAAUAUCAGCUUCACUUCCCUUCCUAUCCUCUUGUAUGGUCUAAUGGAACAACAUGUCAGUGCAGACACACUCAAGAGAGAGCCUUCCCUAUACAGAGAUGUUGCCAAGAAUGCUUUGCUGCGCUGGCGUGCGUUUAUUUAUUGGACAUUCCUAGGAGUGUUUGAUGCUGUGGUAUUUUUCUUUGGUGCCUAUUUCUUGUUUGAGAACACAAUUGUGACCAGCAAUGGACAGCUAAUGACAACCAGCACUCACAUGAUGUUUGGAAACUGGACCUUUGGAACACUGGUGUUUACUGUGCUUGUAUUCACGGUUACAUUGAAGCUUGCACUAGAUACACACUAUUGGACAUGGAUAAAUCACUUCAUGAUCUGGGGAUCACUGGUAUUCUACAUUAUCUUUUCUCUGCUCUGGGGAGGAAUUAUUUGGCCUUUUCUCAAUUAUCAGAGGAUGUAUUACGUGUUCAUGCAAAUGCUGUCUAGUGGUCCUGCAUGGCUGGGUAUAAUUCUGCUCAUAACUGUCAGCCUUCUUCCAGAUGUUAUCAAGAAGGUCUUAUGCAGACAGUUGUGGCCUACAGCAACAGAAAGAAUCCAGAAUGCAUCAAGGCACUAUCAGGAGCACAUCUCGGAGUUCACACCUCUUGCCUGUCUGAAAAGCCCAAGAUAUAGGAGCAGUGACUGCAGCAGUUCCCCAGCAAGAAGGUCUAAUUCUCAUUCUAAAAAAAUGAUGUUUACGCACUGGAGAGGUGUUGAUUAUUCAGUACUUCCAUCUGUCUUUGGCUAUUCAAAUAAGAAUUCCCGCUCCAGUGCAGGCUACCGCUACAGUGGGUCAGGUUUGGAGACGUCUGUAUGACAGAACACCAAGUCAAGCCUUUAAAAACUGUUGGUUUGUUUAUUUCUUUUUUCAGGAAACAAAUAUGUCACAGAAAUAUAUUAAACUAUAGGUGGCUUUUGCUGUCUGAGAUAGUAUUCAGACAAACAGGAUCAAGAGCUAGAAGUAUGAACCCUCCCAGGCCAAUAGGCCUCUUUUUAUGUUUUGAACUACUGGAGCAAUGAACAAUCUGCACAGUCUGGUACUGUGAGACUGGUAGCACUAAAAAUU